CAAUAGCCUAAUUGCAUCCUCCAGCAUGAACAUGGCGGCACUACACACUGAGUUUGGAGACCUGGUCCAAAUAAAGAAGCAGCUCAUAUCUGUAACAUGGCUUUGUAAAGAAAGAGGACUUUUACAGAGCGCCAAAUGGGCUUCUGAGUUGGCAUUUUCCUUGGAUCCUCUCCCUAAAGAUGCAUUACCCACACCACAACCUUUUUCAGAGGAGGACAUACAAGACCUGGAUUCACUAUCACUGGCCAAAUCUUACUUUGACCUGAAAGAGUAUGACCGCGCUGCCUACUUUCUCAAGGGCUGCACCAGUCAGAAGGCCUACUUCCUCUACAUGUAUUCACGUUAUCUGUCCGGUGAGAAAAAAAAGGAUGAUGAGACAGUAGACAGUCUGGGUCCUCUGGAGAAGGGUCAAGUCCGCAAUGAAGCUUUGCGGGAGUUGAGAGUGGAGCUCAGUAAGAAGCACCGUGCAGGAGAGCUGGAUGGCUUCGCUUUAUACCUGUAUGGAGUGGUGCUACGAAAGCUGGACCUGCUAAAGGAGGCAGUCGAGGUUUUUGUGGAGGCUAUUCACGCACUUCCUCUUCACUGGGGGGCGUGGCUGGAGCUUAGCAACCUGGUCACCAACAUCGAGAUGUUGAAGUUGCUAUCUUUGGCAGAUUGCUGGAUAAAAGACUUCUUCAUGGCCCACAUGUACACAGAGCUGCAGAUGAUCAAAGAGGCGCUGCAGAAGUACCAAGACCUGAUAGACGCCGGCUUUUCCAAGAGCACUUACAUUAUCUCGCAGAUGGCAGUAGCCUACCACAACAUCAGAGACAUCGACCAGGCAGUGGCUCUGUUCAAUAAGCUGAGAGAGCACGACCCGUAUCGCAUCGAUAACAUGGACACCUUCUCCAACCUCCUCUAUGUCAAAAUCAUGAAGCCAGAGUUGAGUUACUUGGCCCACACGCUGGUGGAGAUCGACAAGUACAGAGUGGAGACGUGCUGUGUUAUUGGUAACUACUACAGCUUGCGCUCGCAGCACGAGAAGGCAGCUCUGUACUUCCAGCGAGCGCUCAAGCUGAACCCUCGCUGCCUCAGCGCCUGGACCCUCAUGGGCCACGAGUACAUGGAAAUGAAGAACACCUCAGCUGCCAUCCAAGCUUACAGACACGCCAUCGAAGUGAACAAGAGGGACUACAGAGCCUGGUACGGUCUAGGUCAGACUUACGAGAUUCUCAAGAUGCCUUUCUACUGCAUGUACUACUAUAGAAAGGCUCACCAGCUCAGGCCCAACGACUCCCGCAUGUUAGUCGCUUUGGGUGAAAGCUACGAAAAACUGACGCAGCAAGCAGAAGCCAAGAAGUGCUACUGGAGGGCGUACUCUGUUGGAGAUGUAGAGAGAAUGGCUUUACUCAAACUGGCCAAGCUCCAUGAGCAGCUGAACGAGAGCGACGACGCCGCAGAGAGUUACGUGCGUUACAUCCAAGACGUCUUCUCCUGUGGAGAACGAUUGGAGCACACGGACGUUAGCACGGCCCUCAAAUACCUCGGUCAGUAUUAUUUCAAGAACAAACUUUACGACGAGGCGUCACUCUGCGCACAACGCUGCUGCGACUACAACGACGCACGGGAAGAAGGCAAAGCUUUGUUAAGGCAGAUCUCUCAGGUGAAAGAUCAGGCUGAGAUGCCAACAGGUGUUCUGUUUGCACCGCUCUCCAACAAUAACAACAACAACACAACACCCGCCAGGAGAGUCGUACCUCUCCAUGUCAUCCCCUUCACACCCUGACUGCUUUGUUUUCUUCCAAUAUUUGGAUUAUGUUGCUUUAUAAUGUAUUAAGAACACUUUGUUUGUUGCAUACAUUUUGAUAUUAAAAUGACUUUUCUGCAUAAAA